UAGGAAAACCUGAAGAUUAAUAACACUAUGUAACAUUUUAUUAUUUUUAUAAUUUUCUUAAGAAAACAAUAAAUUACUUCCUUUAUUAAAAUAUAUAUAUAUAAAAAAAAAGAGGAGGAAGGAAAGAAGUUAAUACCUUCGUUUGUUCUUAAAAAGGAAAUAGAGUACAAGAUGUUCAACCUUGGCUUAGUUUGAAGUUCAUACUAAUAACCAUUCUUUAUUUUAUUUAUAUAUCUUUUCAUUUUCUUUAUUCUAAGUCAUAGAUAAAAUCAUAAGAAGAAGAAGUAAGGCGGAGGAGGAAGAAGAAAAAGAUCAUGUCUAAUGGGAAAACUUCAUAUUUGUUCAUGGUGGUUUUCAUCUUCAUGUUAGUUCUUAUCGCAGGUACUAUUAGUACUAUUGGAGCUAAUGAAGAUUCUCGAGAAAUAGAUAAGAAAGUUCUUCUCUCAUUGCAAAAAUUUCUCAAAGACUCAAAUAAAGUAAACCAAGGAAGAUACUCAGAGUGGAACAAGCACAAUAAGACUGACCCAUGUCAGUGGAACGGUAUAGAGUGUACAAACAACAGGGUAACAAGGAUUUCUCUCCAAGAUAGCAACAUUGUCGGUCACCUCUUCAACAACUUCUCAGCCCUCACUGCUUUGACUCACCUCGACCUUUCGAACAACAAUAUUGAUGGGCAAAUACCCAAUGACCUUAGCUGGUGCCGCAACCUCAAAUUACUCAAUCUUUCUCACAAUCUCAUGUCUGGUAGCCUUAACUUAUCUGGGUUGCACCAGUUGGAGGUAUUGGAUUUAUCUGUGAAUAGGUUUUCAAGUGAUAUUCAGUCAAGUUUUCCUGCCAUUUGUCGGAAUCUAAUCGUGGCUAAUGUGUCUUCAAAUAAAUUCAUUGGAAAAAUUGAUAGGAUCUUUGAUGAAUGCUUGACUUUGAAGUACUUGGAUUUGAGCUCAAACAAUUUCAGUGGGCCUGUUUGGAAUGGAUUUCCUAGGCUGAUUGAGUUUUCAGUCUCGGAAAACUUGAUCACAGGGAAUCUUUCUGGCUCCAUUUUCACUAAUCAAAAUUGUAGCUUGCAGUUCUUAGACCUUUCUGAGAAUCAUUUUGUUGGUGAAGUUCCAGCUGAGAUUUCCAAAUGUCAGAGCUUGGUUAGUUUGCAUUUGUGGGGCAAUAAGUUCACAGGAAAGAUCCCGACUGAUAUUGGUAAGAUUUCGACUCUUGAAGGGUUAUUCCUGGGAGAUAACAAUUUCCAUAGAGAAAUCCCAGAUUCCCUUUUGGAUUUGAAUAAACUAGCCUUCUUGGAUUUAAGCAAGAAUAAGUUUGGAGGUGAUAUACAAGAUAUUUUUGGGAAAUUCAAGCAAAUUAAGUUUCUAGUUUUGCACAGUAACCAUUAUAAAGGUGGGAUUAGAUCAUCUGGGAUUCUCACUCUACCUAAUAUAUCAAGAUUAGAUCUUACUUUCAACAACUUCUCAGGCCCUUUACCUGUUGAAAUCUCUAAGAUGCGUAGCUUAGAGCUCUUGCUCUUUGCCUAUAAUGGCUUCAAUGGUACAAUACCUAUGGAAUUUGGAAACAUUCCAAGACUCCAAGCACUGGACCUCUCCUUCAACAAGCUAAGUGGUUCAAUUCCAACCACCUUUGGGAAAUUGAACUCUCUCUUGUGGUUGAUGCUUGCAAACAAUUCAUUGACAGGUUCAAUUCCCAAGGAAUUAGGUAACUGUACUAGCUUGUUAUGGCUUAACCUUGCAAACAACAAGCUCUCCGGAAACAUACCUCCUGAAUUGGCUAGCAUUGGGAUAAAUCCUGACCCAACCUUCAAGUUGAAUAGUCAAAAGAUGAAUGGAACUAUUGCUGGUUCUGGUGAGUGUUUGGCAAUGAAGAGGUGGAUUCCUGCAAACUACCCUCCAUUCAGUUUUGUGUAUACCAUUCUUACAAGAAAGACUUGUAGAAGCAUAUGGGAUAGAUUACUCAAAGGUGUUGGACUAUUCCCUAUUUGUGUUGUUGGUUCAGCAGUGAGAACACUACAAAUUUCUGGCUAUAUUCAACUGAGUGGAAAUGAGUUAACUGGGGAGAUUCCUCCUGAAAUUGGUAAAAUGAAGAAUUUUAGUAUGCUUCAUUUAGGUUACAAUAGAUUCAAUGGUAAAUUGCCUUCAGAGAUUGAAAAUUUGCCACUUGUGGUGCUUAACAUCACUAGGAAUAACUUCUCUGGAGAAAUCCCAACUGAGAUAGGAAAUCUUCAGUGCUUACAAAAUCUUGAUUUGUCAUACAAUAACUUCUCUGGUGUCUUUCCAACAAGCUUGGACAAAUUGACAGAAUUAAACAAGUUCAACAUUUCGUACAAUCCACAAAUCUCUGGUAAUGUUCCAUCAUCUGGGCAAUUGUCAACCUUUGAAGAUGCUUAUAUUGGUAAUCCAAACUUAGUUCUUUCCAAGUUUAUUCGUAACUCCUCAGACAGUGCUACCAAGCAAUUUAGAAACCAAAAGGGGCCUAGAAAGUUUCCUACAUUCUUGGUGUUCCUAGUCCUAAUUUUUGUUAUCUUAAUUAUUGGAGUCUUGAUACUUAUAGUCUGCUCAAUGGUGAAAGGCCCUGAUGUGUCAGAACAGUAUGUAUUACCAGAACUUAAAUACCAGCACGAUCUCGCUUCAAGCUCCAACAACUCAUCUCCAUGGUUUUCAGACACUGUCAAGGUUAUUCGCUUAGACAAAACAUCUUUCACUCAUGCAGACAUACUAGCAUCCACAAACAAUUUUUCUGAGAGUAGGAUCAUUGGAAAGGGUGGUUCUGGAAUAGUUUAUAGGGGAGCACUCCUUGAUGGAAGAGAAGUAGCGGUGAAGAAACUACAAAGUGAAGGGUUAGAAGGCGAGAGGGAGUUUCGAGCUGAAAUGGAGGUUCUAAGUUGCAAUGGCAUUGGCUGGCCUCAUCCAAAUCUUGUAACUCUCUAUGGUUGGUGCUUAGAUGGACAAGAGAAAAUCUUGGUGUACGAGUAUAUGGAAGGAGGGAGUUUGGAAGAUUUCAUAUCAGACAGAACAAGAUUAUCAUGGAGAAGGCGAGUAGAUGUAGCCAUCGAUAUAGCUCGAGCCUUGGUGUUUCUUCACCACGAGUGUUAUCCUGCAAUAGUCCACAGAGACGUGAAGGCUAGCAAUGUGUUACUUGACAAGAAUGGCAAGGCAAGAGUCACUGAUUUUGGCCUAGCACGGAUUGUUGAUGUAGGGGAUAGCCAUGUCAGCACAAUGGUCGCUGGUACAGUAGGUUAUGUUGCACCAGAAUAUGGGCAGACAUGGCAAGCCACUACUAAAGGUGAUGUGUAUAGUUAUGGAGUGUUGGCAAUGGAGCUGGCCACAGGACGACGUGCAGUGGAUGGAGGUGAAGAGUGUCUGGUUGAAUGGGCUAGAAGGGUGGUAGGUAAUGGCCGAGGAGGUGUGUCUAGCCGAGCGGCUAUACCCGUGGCGAUCAUGGGGGGUUCUGGAUUUCUUAUUGAAGGAACAGAGGAGAUGUCUGAAUUGUUAAAUAUAGGAAUCAAGUGCACAACCGAGUCACCUCAGUUUAGACCAAACAUGAAAGAGGUUCUUGCUAUGUUAAUAAAGAUUAUAUGCACUAGGCAAGGAGAAUUAAAUUAUGGUGCCUCUCCUCAAUUUUGAUUAAGAUUUUGAUAUGGAUUCCAUGUAAUUUUAAGAUGUUAAUAUAGUUUAUUAUACAAGCAGCAAUUUUCGCUGCAAUUCUUGUUUGUAUACAGACUCAUUCAUCAUUCAAAUUUUACAUAAAUAGAGUUUCACUAAA